CGAGGCUGCGUUCGCGCCACGGCCCACGGCGGCCAUGAGGGACCACCCCAGCGGCACGGCUGGCCGCUCAGCCCGGGCGGCAUCCACUGACAAGCAGUGCGACGACCAGCCGCCAGUUGCUGGGCCCACUUUCUCCCCCGGCUGCCGCCGCGCGGCGGGCGCCGCCCUGGCGGCCCGGCUGCACAGCGACAGCAAGUCCGCUUCGCAGCCUCCCUUGUCGGACUCCGCCAGGCCCGCGGGCAGCGGCCGCGCGGUCGGCGCCCUCCUGGCGGCAAAGCUGCGCAGCGACGGCCCGGUCGCCGCGCAGCCCACCCCGUCGGAUUCUCCUGCGCCCGCGGGCUGCGGCCGCGUGGCCGGCGCCCUCCUGGCGGCAAAGCUGCGCAGCGACGGCCCGGCCGCUGCGCAGCCCACCCCGUCGAAUCCUUCUUCUCCCGCGGGCUGCGGCCGCGUGGCCGGCGCCCUCCUGGCGGCAAAGCUGCGCAGCGACGGCCCGGCCGCUGCGCAGCCCACCCCGUCGAAUCCUUCUUCUCCCGCGGGCUGCGGCCGCGUGGCCGGCGCCCUCCUGGCGGCAAAGCUGCGCAGCGACGGCCCGGCCGCUGCGCAGCCCACCCCGUCGAAUCCUUCUUCUCCCGCGGGCUGCGGCCGCGUGGCGGGUGCCCUCCUGGCGGCGAAGCUGCGCAGCGACGGCCCGCCGACCGCGCAGCCUGGCCCGCCGGAUUCUUCCGCUCCGGCAGGCUGUGGCCGCGCGGCGGGCGCCCUCCUGGCGGCGAAGCUGCGCAGCGACGGCCCGCCGGCCGCGCAGCCCACCCCGCCGGACUCCCCCGGCCACCCAGGCUGCAGCCGCGCGGCAGGCGCCACCGCGGCGGCCAGGCGCCACAGCGACAGCCAGCCUGCGGCGCACUCCACGCCCCCCGACUCCCCUGGCGGCCGCCCGGCGGGCGCCGCCCUGGCCGCCCACAUCCGCUCCAGGGCCCUCGACAAGGCCCACUCCAGCCGCCAGGGCUCCAAGGGCUCCAGCGCCGCGCCCGAGGAGCGCGCCGGGGCCCCCGCGGCGCGGCGCGCCUCGCACGGGAGCCGGGGGCCCGACGACGGCCCGCCCGCGCGCUGCCCCGUGGGCCCCGUCUCCUCCUGCGCCUCGGCGCCCGCAGAGGCCGCCGGCUCGGUCGGCGCCCUGGCGGCCCGCAUCCGCUCGAUGCAGGCGGCCCGCCAGGGCGGGCCGGGGCGCGCGGAGGGCGCGCCGGCCGUGGCCGCGGCGGCAGCCUCGAGCCCGGCCGAGGAGGAGCGGGCUCCCGCGACGCGGCGCGCCUCGGCCGGGAGCAGGUGGCUGUCGAGGGUGCGGGAGUACACCGGCGCCGCUGCGGGCCGCACGUCGGCGAGCCGGAUAUCCGCGCACUCGGAGUCUGCCGCGGCUGAGGAGCAGCUCCUCGCCAGCAGGCGCCGCCCGCGCGCGGCGGGGCCGGGCACGCUCAGGAUGCUGCGCAGCGGCCUCCUCGGGGACAGCACGUGCACCAUGCUCGAGGAGAGCGACAUCCAGGAGAUCCUCCGCACCAUGGAAUUCUUCGAGUUCGGCCCCGGGGAGGUCGUGAUGAGGGAGGGCGAUUCCGGCAGCCACUUCUUCAUCGCGCAUUCGGGCCAGCUCCAAGUGACCGUGGCCGGCCGGGUGGUCAACACCAUAGAGGCGGGCAAGGCCUUCGGGAGCGCCGCGCUGCUGUACAACUGCCCGCGCGGCGCGACGGUCACCGCUCAGGACGCCUCCGCGGUCUGGGGCGCCAGCGGCCGCCAGUUCCAGGCGGUGGUCAAGGCGAACGCCCAGCGCCAGUUCGCCCAGUACCGCGAGUCCCUCUCCGCGUUCCAGCUCUUCGGGGGCCUCCCGGAGCGGAUCAAGGACCGGGUGAGCGAGGCGGUGUUCGUGGAGGCGUUCGAGGCGGGCGCCCGGGUGGCCACGGAGGGCGAGGUGGCGCGCUGCAUGUACUUCGUGAGGGCCGGGGAGCUGAG